GAUGACUUGAAAUUAGUAAAAUUAUUUGUAACGAUUUUAACUAUUCAUUUUACUCGUUCAAUACGUUUACCCAUUAGUUAGGGUUCAUACGAUUCAUGAUUGUGCAUGAAUUGUAGUAGACAAUAUUUCAAGAUGCCAGUUUUGACCAAAACAUGGCUACACACAUGCAUGACUGAAAUCUUCGGGAUGCGGAAGUAAACUUAAUCACAUUACUUAUAGACAAUGAUAUGAUAUACUUGACAAAUAUUUUGACAUUUCAAGGUUCGAACAAGUCAAACAAAUGUUGGACAUGAGUCGAGAGUGUCAGAUUAUGUUUGGAAUAUAAUUUUGUCGUAUCUGCGGCCAAUCGACUUAACAUAUCUCUGUAUCCAGUUUAAUUCACCACUAACACCAAUGAAUAUAAAAUUUGAGUUUGUUAUAGCCUUGUAACAGAAAAGAAAAGGUGUCAACAAUUGAGGUAUGUAGACCAAAAACCAUAACUUACUCCACCUUUUUUCAACCACCAAUUUUCUACUAUAUGAUACAUUAUUCGGUUCCACCACCUAUCAAUCUCACAUUAUCUUUCCAAAAAAUAAUUGACCCUAGAUGAAAGACUUCCAUGGAAUCACGUCAAUCUAUAGAUGGUUUCCAACCUAAAUCAAAUAAGAUUGUUCUAAGAGCCAAGUCCAUUUAAGAAAAAAGUUGGAUUAUUUUACGUGGAAUACUCAUUUGAUUCGUGUUUAUCGCUUGAGAAAUUUUGCAAUCGAUCACUUUAAUUUUGUUGGUUUUGACACACUUUAUAGUGUCUAGAUUAUUCUGUAUGGUGGAAUAUUUUUUUUUAUGAAAAAAUAUAUUAGAAUCAAGAUAUCAUUCAAGUGAGUCUAACAUUUUAAUCACUUGAACUAUGAUCAUGUUGAUUAAUCUGUCUAUUUUAUUAAAAAAUUAGAGACGGCUUAUAUAGUUUGUUGACAUAUAUAUAUAUAAUAUAGUAUGAGAAUCUUAAUAUCUCUCAAUUGAUCAAUGUUACAAAUUAGAAUGUUUUUUUUUUAUGUGUUUUUGCUUGAAUGAAAAAUGAGAAUGAAGGAGAUGAGAUGAGAUGAGAUUAAGACUCAUAAAAAAGCAUUUUAUAAAAAAUGAAAUGUGCAUAAAUAAUCUAAAACUUUAUUGAAAAGAAAAUUGAUUGCUGAAUAAGCUGCGUAGAGAGAGGCUGAAAAUGAGGUCGGAAUGAAACUCAAAUUCGAACCAAAUCCAAAUGCACUUCCCAAAAAUUCACAUUUUUAAUUAAUUGAAUAUUUCUUUUUUUCUUAUUUCCUUUAUUAAUAAAUUCACGCGUAGACUGACAGACUCUCCACUUCUUCCGUCCUUCCUCCGUCAUGAAAUCCGUGUCGUACACCUCGUCGCCUUAACCCAAAAAAAUAAUUUAAAAAAAAUUUAGAGAUUAAAAUCCUCUCAUCUCCUUCUUAUUCUACUGCUCCUUCUUCAUCUUCUACUUCUCUUCAGCCUUUGCAGCUGCGAUGGUGUAGAACUGUAGAUAGAGAAAAGAGCGAGACCCUAUUUUUUUUUCUCUUUCCCACUCUUUUUCCCCAUUCCCCUACUCGCCAUUUCCGCCGCUGAAAACGGUGAAAUUUCUUUUGACUAAUGCUCUUUUCUUCCCCUUCCUAAUCCCCUUUAUACUGUGUUCUCUCUGUUUUUUUUUUCUUCUUCUCACUCUGUCGCCGGCCUCUAGCUGCCGUCUCCCGCUUCAGUAAUGCUCCGCUCCCGUCACUAAACGAGGUAGUUGUUUGUUUGUUCGGCCCGCAAGGUGUUUGGUUAAUUUCCUGUGAGAAAGGUUCGGCCUUUUUUGAUGAAUUGGUUUGUCUCUUUCUUUUCUGCCGAUUUUGUUUGCAGUUGGUUUUUGAUUUGGUCUAUUGCUGGGGCCGAAGUGAGGUUUGUUUGUGGAGAAGUCAAGAGUUGGUGCUUUGUGUGGGAGUUGAUACGGAGGAAGGGGGAAAUGGGUGACACGGAAGAAAUGAGCACUGACGUGAUGCAGAGGUUGCAAUCUUCUUUCGGGACAACUCAGUCUUCUUCUUCGAUGUUAAAGCAGCAGCCUUUUUCAUCAGGGAAGCAGCUUGAUAUCCCCCCUCUGAGUCAAUCCCAAAUGCGGGCGAGGCAUUUCGCUCAGUUUGCUCAGCAGGGGUUUGGCAGCGAAAACAGCAGCAAUGGCGGUAAGAGAGUUGGGAUUCCACCUUCACAUCCCAACCAGAUCCCACCCGUUUCGCCUUUCUCUCAGAUCCCGGUGUCUAACAGGCCAAUCAACCAGCAAUUGGGUUCUCAGAACUUCAGCCCGGGGCGUGGUCAUUCACGAUCCUUGUCACAGCCAUCCUCGUUUUUCUCACUUGAUUCUCUCCCGCCUCUAAGCCCUGCAUCAUUCAGAGACCAUUCCCCAACUUCUGCUGUUUCAGAACAGCUGUCGACUGAUGUUUCAAUGGAGGAUAGAAAUGGGGACUCUCACUCUUUAUUGCCACCAUCUCCAUCGCCUUUUAGUAGGGUAGGUACUCCUCGAGCUGGUGAGAGUUUGCCUCCUAGGAAAGCUCAUAGACGGUCUAAUAGUGAUAUCCCAUUUGGGUUUAGUGGCGUGAUGCAGUCUUCCCCGCCUGUUGUGCCAUUGAGAGGGACAGGUGGUUUAGGUAAACCAGCUCAGGCUGUGAAGAGGGAGUGGGAGAAAGGUGUUGAUAGCAAUGAAGAAGGGAUGGGGGAGAGGAAAUCUGAAGGUGAAGUUGUGGAUGAUUUGUUUUCUGCGUAUAUGAACUUGGACAACUUUGAUACGUUGAACUCACACGGGAAUGAUGACAAGAAUGGUACUGAGAAUCGUGAGGAUUUAGAUAGCAGAGCUAGUGGAACGAAGACUAACGGAGAUAGCAGUGAUAAUGAGGCUGAGAGCAGCAUGAAUGAGAGUGGGAGCAGCAUUCCGAGAGGAGGUUUGAGUUCUUCGGUGGAGAGAAGGGAAGGGAUCAAAAGGAGUGCUGGAGGUGAUAUUGCUCCGACGUCAAGACAUCAUAGAAGUGUUUCCUUGGAUAGUUUCAUGGGGAAGUUGAGCUUUGGAGAUGAGUCCCCAAAGCUUCCCCCUUCACCGGGGCCUCUUCCAGGCCAAUUAUCUCCGACUAGCUCGAUUGAUGGGAGCACCUUCAGUUUGGAUUUCGGGAAUGGGGAGUUUAACAAUGUUGAACUUAAGAAAAUUAUGGCGAAUGAGAAACUUACUGAGAUUGCUCUAACUGAUCCAAAGCGUGCAAAGAGAAUUUUAGCAAAUCGUCAAUCUGCUGCUCGUUCGAAGGAAAGGAAGGUGAGAUACAUUUCAGAACUGGAACACAAGGUGCAGACUCUUCAGACCGAAGCUACUACAUUGUCUGCCCAGCUUACUCUAUUGCAGAGAGAUUCUGUUGGACUGACAAAUCAGAAUAAUGAAUUGAAGUUUCGUCUACAAGCGAUGGAGCAACAGGCACAGCUUCGAGAUGCUCUCAACGAAGCUUUAACUGCCGAGGUUCGACGGCUGAAGAUCACCACUGCAGAAAUGAACGGCAGCAGUUUCGACGCAUCCAAAGGCAUGGUCCAGCAGCAGAUGUUCCAGCAGCAGCAGCAACAGAUGUCCUCCCAGCGCAACACUCACCAGCAGCAACAUGAACAGCAGAACGAAACAAAGUCGAAAUCAGAUGCAAGCCAGUAGAUGCAAAUUCAUUCAUUUAAGUUUCUCUGUAUCCCCACCGGCGGUGGUGAUUGGAGAUUUAUCUUACCUUCUACUACCCCUUCAGGCAUCAUCAUCUUUUGCUGCAAUCAAUGGUUAUUCAUAUCAUAUAUACAGGCGUCACUCGUAUAAUAUAUAUGGUGUAGAGAUGGUCAUAGUCAAAUGAGUAGAGCUCAUAUUCGUUUAUGUACUUAUAUUUAUGAAAUUUAUAUUAUAUAUGCAUGUAUAUGAAGGCAAAGUAAAACGGGUUUGUCUGUUGAAUAUGUUGUAUGGUUUUGUUGAGAUUAUAGACAGAAAAGUGCAGAAGUUUGUCUGAAAGCUUGCUUUUCUUGUGCUAUUUUAGUAUAACAAGUUGUACGUUCCUUUCAGUAUGGGUUCGUCCUUCUUUUCAAUUGUUUAUUUUGGUGGGGAAGUAGAGAAGAAGCGUGAAACACGUUUGUGCAUGUACAAUGUACAUAGUCUUCUGGUUAGCUUGAACUCCAAGGCAGUGGCACAUGUGAAAGUAACAAGAACUUGCUUUCUCAGUUGGGCUACUUGAGAACUAUACAUUAGCAGACUCGAGCUUUCGAGGUUUCAAAACAUCCUCUUUCGAACUAAACAAUUUGCAGGAAGCGUGAUAAACGAUUGAUAACCAACUAGCUAUGACUAAUGACUAAUCACUCAACUGAAUGGUUGAGUAUAUCCCUCCAUGGACAAAAAUGAGCAUUAGAUUUCUUUGUUAUAAGAUGAUAAAACGUAUCAAGUUGA